GAGAAGCAAAAACACCUGGAGGUGGAGAGGACCACAAAAUGGCUGAAGAUGCUGAAGAGCUGGGACAAAUACAAGAACAGUGAGAAGCUGGUCAGGAGGGUCUAUAAAGGAAUUCCCCUGCAGCUCCGAGGGGAGGUGUGGUGCCUGCUGCUCGAUAUUCCCAAAAUAAAGGAGGAGAAGAAAGACUUCUACGAGAAACUAAAGGCCCGAGCCAGAGGACUCUCCCCAGACAUCCGUCAGAUUGACCUGGAUGUGAACCGGACCUACAGGGACCACAUCAUGUUCAUGCAUCGCUACGAUGUCAAGCAGCAGGCUCUCUUCCACGUCCUCACAGCCUACUCCAUGUACAACACGGAGGUGGGCUACUGCCAGGGCAUGAGCCAGAUCACAGCUCUGCUGCUGAUCUACAUGAAUGAAGAGGACGCCUUCUGGGCUCUGGUUAAACUGCUGUCUGGACAGAAGCACGCCAUGCACGGGUUCUUUAUCCCUGGCUUCCCGAAGCUGAUGCGUUUCCAGGAACACCACGACCGCAUCCUCAAGAAGAUGAUGCCCAAACUGAAACAACACCUGGACAGCCAGGAGGUGUUUACCAGUCUCUACACUAUGAAGUGGUUCUUCCAGUGCUUCCUGGACAGAACUCCCUUCACCCUCACCCUCAGGAUCUGGGACAUCUACAUCUUGGAGGGAGAACGGGUGCUGCCCACCAUGUCCUACACUGUCCUCAAACUGCACAAGAAGCAUCUGAUGAAGCUGUCCAUGGAGGAGCUGGUGGAGUUUCUGCAGGUGACUUUGUCCAAAGAUUUCUUCUUCGAGGACGACUUUGUGAUCGAGCAGCUACAGGCGUCCAUGACGGAGCUCAGGAGGGCGAAGCUGGAGCUGCCCGCACCAGGUAAAGAGGAAGAGUUUCCCAAGAAGCCUCUCGGGCAGCUUCCUCCUGAGGUGGCAGUAGCAGCGGUGAACCACGUGGCCAACGGGCAAAGCCACGCCGAGCCAGUCGAGCCUCCCAGGGACCCGAGUCCUGUACCAGACCGUCAGCGGGACAGCCGCCCCCCCAGCCGGUCACGCCGGGACUCACUGGAGAAAGUGACCCGCCGCAACAAGGAUGACAGGAGGAAUGUCCGCUCCAGGGGAUCAGGGGAGAUCCCCAAUGAGCAGCAAAAGCAGUCCACCUCCACCACGCCUGAGAGAGGAGCAACCCCACCCUCAGCCCCCACCCCUACACCACAGCUCAUUACAGUGGAUAGAGGGAGGCCUCAGGGCCACGCCAUCGCCAACCACAACUCCAACGCGGCCUCCAGCUCUCGCAGAGAAAUCACUCCACGCUGGUACAAACCCUCCGAGACGAAGCUGGAAGCAGUCAAAGCAGCAGCAGCCCGGGAGGUCCAGCUGAGCAGAGGGGCGUCGCCGGCUCCUUCCAGCCCAGAGGACAGCGCUCAGCCCCACCGCCGGCCACGCUCCAAGGGCUUCGUCCCCGGUUCCGACCGAGGCUCCAACGCCUCCCAGUAUGACAACGUACCAGGGCUGCCAGAGCAGGAUUUCGAGAUCCUGGAGCUUGACAGACCUCCGUCCAGAAUGAGGACCCCCCGCAGUGAGACACCCUUCAGUGUAUCAUCCCUCCAUCAGGGCAGCCCGAGCCGUGGCACCAGCCUGACCGGGAGCGUCGUCUCCGUCGCAUCAGGGCCCAGGAUGGCAAAACACCCUCUUCCUCCUUCGUUUUCCCACAACAGUCCAGGAGGGGUCCAGUCCAGCUACCCUGGCAACCAGAGCCAGUACCUCACCCCUCCUCAGCAGCACUCCCCAGGCAGAACUACAACCGAAGUCCCCAUCUUCCAUCCUGCGUACAGCGUGAGCCUGGACCACAGAGGGGAGGACAGACACUAUGCCCCGCCCAACAGAUUUACCCCGCCCUCAAAUGUGGUGUACGGGGAAAGAGCGUACGCCACCACCCAGCGGCCAGCCAACAACCUCUCCCCAGACAAGGCUCUCAUGAACAACUCCUACACCACCUACCGCAGGGGGCCGCCACCAAGCUCCACCCACAACCCCCGAAACACCAGGCCUCUCCCGGAGCACUCCAUACAGCUGGAAACCAAGGGGAGCUCCACCCCUAUCUACCUGCAACAGCUCACCUCCACCACACAGGUCUAUGCUCCGGUGGACUACAGGUUUGAGGGGCAUCGGAGAGGUGAGGCAAACCCACAUUUCCUGCCAGAGGGCGGGCCUCGGCGGCCUGUAGACGGGCUCCCGUGGGCGCCGGAGGAUGAGCUGCCCCCUCAGUCCCCAGGUGGGAUGCCCCGUUCGCCCAGCUUCCAGCGAGCCCAAAUGUCUCCCGUUCAGGAGUUCACUUUCCCCCCAAAACCAGACAGCCUGCUUCACUACAGGACACAAUUCCAGGAGCAGCAGCCCGUCAUAAGGCAACAGCUCCCCCAACUGUUUGGAGGACCACACUACAGGCACGCACAGGAGGCGUUUGCCAUGCAGGAGUCCAUGCUGCUGUGAUUGGACGAUACAGAAAUGGCAAGACACUGUAAACAAAACAUAAAUAACUGAGGUGUAGUCACUGACACUGUGGUAAAGACGAGCAGUAGUCCUAGCUUUGUUAGAAGCCUGGUUUUGUUUCUGCUCUGUUGUUCUUUAUGUGUGAAGUACUGACCUUCUGACUGUCACACUGCGGCGUUAAUGCUGCAGGACACACCAGCCUCUGACGUUUUUACUUAUCACUUUAAAAAGAGAAAAAAAAAACUGACUGAAGAUUUUAUUUUAUUUUUGGAUGUAAAUCAUUAACGACAGGUGACAGCAUAUAUCUUUUAGAGUCUGAUAUGUACAGU